AUGAUCGACGCUACUUUCAUGAUGCCACUUGACAAAGAAAUAUCGAAUAAUUCUGUGAAUGGGUCUCUGGAAAGUAAUGGCCAAAAUAAAUCAAUUCCCGGACCUAUUUCUGGUACUCAUUUGUCUUCGAAGGACGCUCCUGGCUGUCACAUACCAAAGAUUGCGAUUAGCAGCUCGAAGGUUGUUGCGGACACGUCUGUAACCGAGUGUCCUGUCAUUACGCCUAUUGUGCCAUCGCGUUCCACUAUGCAGCCAACGGGAUUCAUGUCUUUUUUUUCUUCUCGACAGCGAAAGUCGUCUGGUGUGCAAUCUCUGCCUGGAGCUUCUGUCAAACAACUACGUGUUGUGUACGUUGCUAAAAUUGACGAGAACAUUCAAGCUGUUGACGAUCUCCUCGACUUUCAUACUCGGGCAGUCAAGGCGGAAAAUAAAGUGUCGAAUGCCCUAUGGCACACGGUCCAGUAUUCGAAGUCACGAAAAUGCGAUACAGGUAGCCGAACGGCUAUUCAGCCGUGCUAUGCUGGAGGUCACGCAAUGGGCGGUGUCCUUAGUCCUCUCCUCAGGCCUGGUGCAUAUUCAUCUGGAGAUAAUUCCGCAGUGGACUCAGGUAUUUCCGAAAUGACAACAGAUACACCUCUCUUUUCUCGAACAAAUGGACUCCAGGGGUCCACUGCUUUGCAAGCUAAACAGUUUUUGCGGUGCUUUGUUGACGCAAAUGAGUCGCGUGCUGAAAUCUCCGCGUGUCGAGCAACUUUCCACAAGAAGAUAACGACUUUUCAGCUGCAGUUGAUUUCGGAAUCCCUGCAGCGUCUUCGAUCUUUAUACAUUGAAAUGGAUUCCAGACUAGAAACAUACUCUUCACAGUUGGAGGCAGAUGUUAGGGAGUGCUGGAAGAAGUACGCAAAAUAUGCAGAUAUCGUAACCCGCCUGCGUUCCCGGUUAAAUUCACUACUGGAGAAAGGCAAGUUUCUUCGUUGGAAACUUAUGCUCAAUUUUUUAGCACGUGUUGACCAGGCGCCGACUGGGACCUUUGACUUUCUCUCCCCACCCGAAGCAGAUCCUCUAGGCGCCACCACCUUGGAUUGUAGUUCUGAAGGGGGUAUGGGAGCACCCGGUGACGAUACCUUUAGACGAGCUUUCCCCUUUGACGCUGAUUUGCUCGUGCGUGCUGGAGACGAGGCUUUACAGCCGGAUAAAAUUGUCGUUGAUCAACUGACUUUCUGUCACAUCCAGAAACUUCUACAGAACCAUCUUCAAGAGGCUGCCAAUCAGGGAAGCAUAACUCGAGUACUGGAAAGCGAGCACGGAAAACUGGUCGCGUCGAUCUCCAGCUGGGUCUCUGUGCUCUCUUCCAGCGGCUCCACUCUGCGCGACCUUCCAACAAUUGUGAAGACUGACGAGGCGAUGACUCGCCUUCUGGAGGAAGUAGAAUCCCUGAGUCCACUUGAAUCGCUAUCAAAGCUUAUGGCAGAUGACGAAAAACUCUUCUUAGGGACAGCUAUGAAGCCGGGCACUUUGUGCGCACUUGCCAUUCAACUUGGCACCUGCGAGUUCUUCCAUUGUCAGUCGGUUUGCUUUGGUGACAGUCACAUGCAGAUUGUCAACGUGCUGCGAGAAGGAAACGCAGUCGCUCCAUCACCUCCGCUUCCCACUUUGACAAUUAAUGCCACGACGAAUUUCAGCCAUCCAACAGCCGGCGACGAUGGCAGCAUAGACAUGCUCGAGUCGAGAUUUCACUGCCUUCGCGUUCAGGUCGAUAAUCAGGAUGGAAGCGUAUCAGGGGGAAGGCAUUCCUCAGUCGGUGAAUCCGAUUCCGAAAAUGAGGUUAUUCCCCAACGUCAAGAGCAUAGCCCCCUCGUUAUUUCUCCUAGUUCACCCCCGGCAACGCCACAACGACGGUCGAUCAAAUCGAUUAAAGAGGAACUCUACCGCCAGUCAUUAGCCAGUUUGUCAAAGCCCAGCCUUACCCUAACGGAUAGUCGGUCGACUAAUCGACAUUCUGUUAUUGCGACCAGCAAAUCUCCUCACAGAUUCUCGCAGGGUCGAUUCGCAAAGAAGGACCCACCCACCUCACUGCUUCCUGACAAAGAUGCGUUUUUAAAAUCACGUGCCAACAGCACCUCGUCUGUCGACGUGAACCACAACGCGUCGGCCCCGAGCACCAUGUUGAUCUCCCCCUCGCAGCCCCCAACCGGCGGCGAGCUACCGUCGCACAGGCUUGACCAAGUGAGUGGCCUUUUGCUCCUUGCUUAUGCACUCUAA